UCAUUUGCGGAAGUGUGGGUCUAGGUUUUAAACAAGAACGCAACAACAAAGGGCAUCGCAUUGGAAAGUCGUGGAAGUACGAUAUCUAUCGCCAAGCCAUACCUAUUCAGUUGGUUGCUCCAAACUUGACGCUCACGCCAUGGCUGCCGCGGAACCAGUCUACAGUCCAACAACAGUUUCAGAGGCCAAAUCCAAAAAGUGGUUAAUUGUACCAACAGAUAAUUUGGAUAAAGUCAGAUGUUUGAUAAAGGUGGUGGAAGUGCUCCUGUCGUUUGUGGCCUUCAUUCUUGAAGAGGUAGUGACGAACUGUAUGAGAUGCUCUCCGCUGUACUUCUUUGAGUUUGUCAGCUGCACAGCCUUCCUCUUCACAGCUCUCCUCCUCAUCCUCCUCGCUACCACCCUGCACAAGAGAGUGGGCAUCAGCAGCUGGCCCUCCCUGGACUUUGUGUACACAGCUUUGAUGGCUGCAUUCUUCCUCAUCGCCUCCAUUGUGUUUGCCUCAGAUAAUGGUGGAACUGACCUGGAGAAGGCUGCUGUGGCAUUUGGCUUCCUGGCCACUGUGGCAUUCCUGGUGGAUGCUGGCUGGUUUGUGAAGACCAGGGGUUUGCCUUUUAAAAAGACCAACCAGCAAGCCGCAAGCAACGGCGGGGCGCCCGUGGCAGAGGCCGAGAAACUCAACAGGGAACAGAACGAAGCAGACUAGACCCCACAAUAC